AUGGUGCAUAGAAGAGAUAGCCUGGGCUACCGCUCACCCCUAGCUGAUCGACCUUGGCACUUCCGGGGUCCUUCUGCCCCCUUCCGGCUGUGGGGAAGACGGAACUACAAUUCCCAGGAAGCCAUUCGGUCCUCCCAGCGCUCCGCCCCGCGCCCCUGCCCCGCCCCCGCCAGGUCCCAAAGAUAUAAAAGGGCCGAAUGGGCCAUCGGCGCGCAGAGCGCGGAGGAGGCGCGGGCGCACGCAGCUUCUGUGGCACCCGAGGGUUCUGGCUUCUCGGUGCCCGGGUCGGGUGUGUGUGUGUGUGUGUGGGGGGGGGGGGGAGGUGCCCUCUCCUGCUGGCCAGGCGUCCACUCUACGCCACCUGGGCCCGGCGGACGUGCCAACUCGCGGCCUCCACUGGAUUUGCCUUUGGCGAGAUCCUGCAUUUGGCAGAGGGGGUUUUCCAGGGCGCGGAUUGUGGGUUCGGGCUGGCGAUGCUCGGCGAAGAAAGGCACGGAGCUGCUGCCAGGAGGGGAGUUCUCCGGGCGCGAGGAGGCGUCAUGCGCUGGGCCCGGAGGUGCCCCAGCCCUCGAGCCUGGGGCGCUGCAGCCUCCGGGGAUCCCUGGCGCCUGCUUUCCUGGUCACCCCCGUGGGUUGGCGGCGCUUUGGGAAAGGAGUGGAGACGCCGGAUCCCCUAACGUGGAUUACUUGGAGUCUUAUCAGCUGAGCUCCGUAGACCCAGGACUGUUCGCCCUCGUCUGUGGAUUGUUUCCACCUGAGUUGGCCGCUCACCUGGAGGUGAAGCCAGGAGUUGCUGCUAGCAGAGGUGGGUGCCUUGACCCCACAAGGAAGAGCAAGAGAAAAGGCCCGAAGGAGGCUGACCGAGGACAGCUGCUGCCUACCCACCACUCACGCUUGCCCACCAGGAGGCCCUGCGGAACCAGUCCAUGCUCCCAGGAAGCCUCGAAGGGCCAGGCUGGGCUUAGGCCACCUCUUGCAAGGCCAGAGUCCUGGAUUUGAUGGAGAAUUCUUAUUUUGGAGACUUAUGGAAACUUCUGGGCUGUGGAGACAUUUGGUAGAAGCCAAGGUCUAUCACCCUGAGGAAACAGCGUGCUUUGACCUGAGCGUGCAGACACACGCAUGGCAGCAAGCCUGCGUGGGAAUAGACACCGUUGCGCCUGUGGAAGACAUGUCCUCUGCGGCAGCUGCUCAGGACACUUACCCACUCUGACCCUGGCACCACGCCCUCCCCUACCUGGCCUUCGAAUGCUCACCUUGCCUUUGGACGCGGUGGUCCUGGUUCUUCUGAUGUGCUCUGUUGGCUUCCAGCCGGAUAAAGAAUGAAUAGUUCGCUUCA